UCGAUGAACAUAUCACAGCUGAACCACAUUUACCUCAGAGGGUACUUGGAGAAUGACGUUAACAACAUUUCCGAAGGACUCAUGAGAGUGACAAGAGGUAGUUAUGGAUUCUUCGCGUCCAGUCACUUGGCAAGGAAGCAGCUCUUGAAUAUCAGUAACUACAGAUGCAGAUUCAAAAUCGAUGAGAUUCCCAUAAGAUACACUGUGGACCAUAUGGCUUUCGUUACAGCCAAAAAAUCGUCAUACAGAAAGUUGAUAAAUUUAAGUAUCAUCAAAAUGUAUGAAACCGGAGUAUACAAGUAUAUCCACAACCACAUUCACCCUGAUCUUCCGAAGUGCGACAAGAAAAAGAUGUACCAGAGCGCCAGAUUGGUUGACUUGACUACGGCUUUCGUCAUUCUUAUCCUGGGACAUGUUGGGGGCGUGAUUUUUCUUAUUGCAGAGUGCAUUUGGAACAGAAAAAGAAAUAUACCCAGAUAUUUCAGAAACAAAGUUUCAAACUCACAGUCAAGAACAGUUCAGCAAGGGUUUGUGCUUUAAAGUCAGUGGCGUAAAAGAGGUCCUGGAAAAUUCAUUGGAUGGGUCCCUAAGAAAAAUCGCCACAUUGUAAUAUACAUUCAAUAAAUCACUGAUAUAGUUACCCAACAGUAAUGUUGUGUCCAUUUCAAUUUCAUUUCUCAUUUUCGAAAGCGUAGGUAUUGAUAAUUUUUAUUGUAAUAGUAGUUUGAUGUUAACAAGAUAUUUAUUAAUAAAAUUCUCCUCAGUGUCACUAUUUUUCGGGUUUGAAGGUCGUGG